GGAACUACGUAUGAGCUCCAGGGAAACUUUUUGUUUUGUUCGUGGAAGCUUCCAUAAACUGUGAUCCCUGCACCUGCAAGUGAUCUGAGUCAAAAAAAAAAAAAUCCAGUUUUGAAUGCAUGAGUGACAUCUGCCAUGUUAUGCUGCCACUGCUGUUCUCCUUUGCUCUCAUUCCUGAAUCUGGCAAAAGAAUUACCCUGGGAAUUGGAGCUAGUCCCUGCCAAUUGGACUUGGCAAGUGCCGGAGCCAUCAGCAGAGAGGGCGAGCAAGGGAGCCUGUUUCAAGAGAGGGGCUGCUGCCAGAGGCAACGCCAUUUCCUCCACGUGGGGCAUGAUGUCUCUGGCAGCCCUGUCAGCGUGGAUGUUGGGAAGUGCAGGUCUACCUGCCCAUCCCAGCCUAUCAGCUCCCACCACCCUGGCCUCCUGGGGCUCUCCAGACACACUUCCAUGCUUGAUUUUCUUAGAAGUAAGAAGCUACAGGUCGGGCACCCCGAGGUUCCAGGAGCACCACGUUCCUGCCCGCCAGGGUCCCGCUGCGAGCCAGCCCGCAUCCGCAUGGAGCGGCUCCUGCUCCUGGAAGGCGAUCGGGAGGUGGAGGUGGUCGACAGCUGUCACUGCAGCGCGUGGCCCGAGGAGUGUGUCCGUCUCCCAGCUCUGAAAACGUUCUUUCUGGACUCUCCCUGGGAGGUCACGGUUGACGUGGGGAGAUGCUCUGAGCCGACCUACAGUGCAGGUAGCCUUUUCUGCAUGCCCACAAAGUUCAGCACUGCUCUGGUCAAAAAUCCAAGUGGUGGGGAGGUGGUUCAGAUGCUGGAGAGCUGCGAAAUGAAGGAGAAAUGCUAUCGUGUUUCCCAAGUGGAAUAUUAUUAUGAAAUUGUGCACAGCUCCACAGGACACAGGGAGAAACGGCUCAAGGAAAUUGAUGUGGGAAGGUGCUUGGGCAGCUGCUCCUCGGGGGAUCCCUGCUUGCUUAGGGAGUCACAAGGUGGAGAGAAAUGUCUGGUCUGGGCAGAAGUUGCCUCUAGCCGCUGUGCCCCUCACCGCUAUGACGUACACAUGUUCAGGAGCCAUCGAGACCGCAUUCGCACCGUCGUGGCCGUCCAGCAGUGCAAGUGCAGGGGGUAGCUGGGCUGGGGACCUGCAGGUGGGGUUCCUGCAGGACCCCUGCCAGACUGUCUGUAGUAUAUGUAAAUGAGAGAAGGCUAUUUUAUCAAUGAAAGCUAUUUUAAACAGCGUUUGCAUAAAUGAACCCUCCACAAAAUGUUUUGCAGCUUGUAAAAUAAACAUCAUGGGCAAUUUGCAGCUCCUUGGGGCUCCGUUGUGCAGCUCCCCAGCCCCUCGGUCUGCCCAAACAUCCUGGGAUGAUGCGGUGUGCGGAGGGAUGGAUGUGGCUGUCUGGCACUGGGACCACACAGGGCCGGCUGCUCCCAUCCAUGAAAUGUGGAGCAGGAAUCAGGUGGGAGAGGGAAUCGGGAAGGUGGGCAUGUUGGGGUGGAGGUGUCCCCUUGGCAGGAAGCCCCACCGCUGCAGCUAGCGAGCAGGGAAAGGAAAGGAAAGGAUCCACAGGAUGUGAAUAGUUUCCUUUGUUGAUUAACCCGAGCCUGUCAUUGCCUCCCCUUGUAUUCUGGAUAAUUAUCAGCCCUUUCACCAUCAAAAUGUGGGGUUAGGAUAAAUUACAGUUGCCAGCUGGCCAAGCAGCCUUUGGUUCAUCUCCUGAUGGCAUUGGUCUGGAAGUGCUUCAGCCCUGCCAGCUGAUGGACAGACACACAGACGGACAGGUCCAGCUCUGCUCCUGCACCUUCCACUCUGCACCAAGCUGCUCACAGAACAAGUACCUGCGGGCCUCCUUCACAGGGAUUUCCUGUGGGAUUCACGGGUCACUAUAAAACCUAACAGGCUUUUCUAAUCCUGCUCCUUUUGUCUGGCUGGAUGGUAUUGUAUAAUGCUAAUUUUUCUGUUAAGUCAUGUGGCAUUAAAACAAACAGCAAAUGUAAAGAAUCCGAGUGUCCUG